GGGAAUGUUUUUGAUUCUUCGGCUGCGCGGUGAAUCACCAUCAUCAUCAACAUCAACAACAGCUUCUGAAGCUUCUGAAGCAUGUGCGCUCUGCGCUGCAGACGCCCCGAGUCCGAGUCGAGUGCUACGUUUUGAGUGACUGUUUUGCUGGGUUAGUUGUGUGCGGUGUAGGGAAAAGUCAAUUUUUCCUAACUUAUCGACUACCACUGACUGUCAGUUUUCUUCUGACGACAAACAGUGUUAGGUCUGUGGAGUUUUUGCUUCUGAGAAAAAGCUACUAUUUUGAUUUUGACUGCACUAUCGAUUUAGUUUGAGCUAGAAAAUAGUGCCGCUAUACGCUUGGAUUGCAGACGGAGUGUUGUGCUGCUACGCAGUAGUUUUCUGUGUCUUGUUUGUUGUUUUGGCUGCACAUUCCAGAGCAUACCUUCGGGAGAAUCAUGUUUGCCGGAAUGGUCGAUAAAAUGUUGAAUAGCUGAGCGGACCAGUGAGUAGUGCUUUUUUUGAAAACAAGUGCAAAACAAGUGAUCGUCGAUAUCUACCAAGAAAACGAUUAAUUACUUACUGUCCAUUGAACCGCAUUGACCAGUGAUGGAGAGAAAAUAUAGUGUCGUUUUCGUUCGUCACGGCGAAAGUGAAUGGAACAAGAUGAAUCUCUUCUGCGGUUGGCACGAUGUGGGUCUCAGUGAAGAAGGUGAAUGGGACGCCCUGGAAGUGUCCGCAGCAGCAUUGAAACGUGAAAACAUAUCCUUCGACGUGGCGUUCACCUCCUGCCUGCGACGGGCCAACCAGACGUUGGAGGUUAUUUUGAAGGAGUUGAAUCUUACCCACAUACCGGUUCACAAGCUUUGGCGGUUGAACGAACGGCACUACGGUGCCCUGACCGGGUUCAACAAGCGGCAGAUGGCGGAUAUCUACGGUGAACCGCAGGUGCAGAUUUGGCGACGAAGCUUUAACGUUCCACCGCCACCGAUCGAAGCAAACAAUCCAUACUACAGUGCUAUUCGGAACAACCCGAACUUGCGCCACAUCAACGAGGCUGACUUUCCGCAAACGGAAACACUCGAAACGACAAUGCAGCGGGUGGUGCCCGAGUGGACCGAUACCAUCAUUCCCGAGGUACGCGCUGGAAAGAAGGUCCUGGUCGUGGCCCACGGAACCAGCCUACGCGGAUUAGUGAAACAUAUUAAAGAUGCGGACAUUAUGAAAUUCAACCUACCCAACAGUAUUCCGUUCAUCUUCGACUUUGACGAGAACAUGAAAAUGGUCGGUGGUAUACGGUUCCUGGCCAACGAAGAUACCGUGUUGAAGGCGAUGGAGAAGGUUGCCUCGAUAGGGAAGUAAUUGCCCGUCCCCGGACCGAAAGAGGACAUACAUAUAGAAACUCUACCUCAUUCUGAACACGAACUUUUGUAUAUAGUUGCUUUUAGCGUAAAGUUUUAUUGUCAAAACUGUUGUAAAUUUUAUCUCAAGGUAGUGUCCUUUCAUUAUCACUAACUGUGAGGUGAAGUGCUGGGUAUGGUGGAUACUAAAUGCUCGUUUCUUAGUAUCCCACCGUAUCAGCAGCUUCGAUGAACCAUGUAUCUGUUAUGAUAAGAACGAACAGAAAACAGCCAUUCGUGUGCGGUAUGACUAGGUUUUAUAUACAUAAACGCCCUAUGUACAGACACUAUACCGAUAAACCUAUUCAUGUAAUCAUUUUCCUGGAAAAAUAUACAACUAGAAUAUCUCGUUUUAUUUAUUGAU